UUUCAAACACCCAUUUCAUUCUUCCCCCCCUUAACCAAGAAAACUCUAAUUUUUCUCUCAAAAAAAAAAAAAAAUUGAAGAAAAGAUUUUUUUUUUCAUAAAAUAAAAAUAUGGAUGCAAAAAGGUGUUCUAGUAGCCUUCCUCCCGGGUUUAGGUUUCAUCCUACAGACGAAGAAUUGAUCAUACACUACCUUAAGAAUCAAGCCAUGUCUCGGCCUUGCCCCGUUUCUAUUAUUCCGGAAGUUGAUAUUUACAAGUUUGAUCCAUGGCAAUUACCCGAUAAGGCAGAGUUUGGAGAAAAGGAAUGGUACUUUUUCACACCAAGAGAUAGGAAGUACCCGAAUGGGAUCCGACCUAAUCGAGCCACGUUAUCGGGUUAUUGGAAGGCUACGGGUACGGAUAAAGCCAUAUAUAGUGGAGCUAAGUAUGUUGGGAUUAAGAAGGCUCUUGUGUUUUACAAGGGAAGACCUCCUAAGGGUUCUAAGACUGAUUGGAUUAUGCAUGAAUAUCGUUUAACGGAGGCUAAGCAUCAACCUAUCAAGCAAAAUGGAUCCAUGAGGUUGGACGAUUGGGUGCUAUGUAGAAUAUACAAGAAGAGGCAUGUAGUAAGAGCAGAGGAGAGAACAGAGGAAUUAAGUUCACAACAAGAGCAAGUAAGCAUGAUAGGAGGAGCAAACGAUGUUACAAUUACAAGUAAUCAAAAUCAACAAGAAAUGAAGUUCCCAAGAACUCAGUCACUAUCAUACCUAUUGGAUUUGGACUACUUGGGCCCAAUUGCCCACUUACUUAAUGACAACAAUUCAAGCUUUGAUAUCCAAACAAGUAUGGGCAUUAAUGCUGGAUUCGACCCACAUGUGGGCCCAUUGUCGUCAUACCCGAAUAUUGGAUUAAGCUGCCACCAAACAAAUGGGAACCAAUCUUAUUACAAAUAGUAUAGUUUUUUUUUUCUUAUUAAAAUUCAUCCCAAUUUGUUUUGGAGAUGCAUGAUUGUGAAUAGUUUUAGGCCAUCCAAUUGUAGAAAAUGAUUGUUCUUUGAUUAAUUGUGUUGUCUUUUCUAGUAUAGACUAUUUGAGGUUGUUAUAAUUUUAAUAAUUAGGGAUUGUAAUUAUUAGGUACAAAUGAACGAAUAUGAAGUAUAUUUGUUUAAUUUCCUUAAAAUAUGUUUAAGAUUGUUAUUUAUUAACUUUAUAAGACAAAGAAAUAAAAUAAAAUUGGGAAGCAAUCGUACGACAAAGAGGUUCUUCUCCUA